GAUAAGGAAGCUUCUUGGACUAGAUUGCAAUUGGUUCGAGUGUGCGGUACAUGUCGCACGAAACUCGGCGAUAAUUCUUGAGCGCCUCCUAUGGAGAAAGAUAAGAGGGGACAAAAUGUAAAUCCCCAAGUGGGAGACAGAGGAUAUAAGUUCUGCAAUAAUCCGUUCAAAAGGCUUGAGGAGCCGGGUCUCAACUGCCAACAAUAUUCAUUUUCUUUCUGCGAUUCAUUACCACACCAAAUUUUGUUUCAUGAUGUUCUUCAUUCGUCCGCAAAAACUCAUCUAUUCUCCUGUCGAAAGCUUCGACCGCGAAGUAGAAGAACAAAAAGACAAUGACAGCCGCGUAGUUGUCAGAAGCACCGGUCCAACAAUCGGACUAAAUCCUGCGUGGGCUGUUGGCAUUGUCAUGUUGCUCUGUCUUUCGAUAGGCUCCACAUGGGCUGUGUAUUUCGAGCAAAGAUUACUCUUUUCGUUCAAGUCUGUUAAUGGCUUUGUAUCCCAGUGGAAAUGCGUCAAUCCUGCUACACGCCAAGAAUGGCGAACUUUAAGCGGUCAAGAGAAGGCUGAGUAUCUUGCUGCCGUGCAGUGUCUGGCCACCAAGCCAUCCAGAGUAAGGAAUAACGGCACCCUUUAUGACGAUUUCCCCUGGGUUCACAGAUACACGUCAACCAGUACGCAUAAAGCUUCCGCGUUCCUACCUUGGCACAGAUAUUAUAUACAGAUUUAUGAGAACGCAUUAAAGGAUGAUUGCUCCUACACUGGCACUCUCCCAUAUUGGGAUUGGUCGCUUGACUGGGAAGAUUUCUCACGGGCACCAAUCUGGGGCCAUGACAAUUUUGGCAGCGAUGGGAACCUCGAUGCCGAGACAUCUGUAGGUGACGGCCAUUGUGUAAUUGACGGACCUUUCGCCGGAUUGACGGCCAUGUUCUACGAUAAUGACUACUAUCCUCAUUGCCUGUCACGUGGUUUCAAAUCCGGUGCUGAGAUGAAAGACUUAGGUAACUUAGUCCGACCCGGGGUAGUGGAAGACAUUAUGAGAGAAGGCAAUUUCGAAGCUUUUGCGCAACGAAUCGAACACAAUGCUCAUCGAUUUGUUUCGGGGAGUAUUCGUGGGGAAUUUAGCAAGUUUACAGGACCUUACGAUCCCGUAUUCUUCCUACAUCAUACAAAUCUAGACAGACUGUGGUGGAUUUGGCAGAUGAUGGACCCGAAAAACAGACUUCAGGAGUACAAUGGAAAAUCCAACAAGGACACCUUGAGGCGUGCCUCACUGGACGACACGUUGGAUAUGGGAGGUCUGCGUCGAAACCUUGCCGUUGCUGAUGUCAUGGAGACCACUUCUGAUCUUUUUUGCUAUCAAUACUGAAGGACUUCCGGUAAAUUACUUACGUGCGGAAAGAGAGGAUGCUCAGAACGGUGAGGGUUACACUGAUAGCUGCAUUAGAUGAGUUUCCACCGUGAAAUCGUGUAGACAGGAUCUGCUUUUUGAUAGGGAAUCUUUGAAUUUAUUACUUUCGCCAAGAUAUCUUACCCUUAUGAGAGGGCUAGUACA